AUGUUUCGAUGCUUUACGUUAUCGUUGUUACUGCUAUCCGUGAUAACAAGUGAUAUGAUAUGUACUGGAGAUGUAAGUGAUGCACAAUCACUUUGUAGUGAUGCUGCUAAAUGCGACUAUAGCAAUUCAAUUAUGUUUUCCUCUCCGGAAGUCAAUAAUUUAAUUGCAAGUCACUCAGUUUCCGUAUUGGAAAGUACUCAACAAAUAUCAUUAUAUAAUUUAUGGUCUUAUUUACUCUAUCGAUGGAGUAUUGUGCUAUAUUUUGUACCAUUAAUCGUCAUAAUAUUGUGUAAAUGUAGAAUAAUCAAUUGUGAUGUACGACUUAUUUACGGCAAUAUGCCUGAUGAUUUUGUAUAA